AUGUCAGCUGGUCAUAUAUGUGCAAAUGGUCUGGUGAAGAUGCGGACUAUUUCCUCUGUUAUUGUCAAGUGGCUACUUGCUCGUGUUCAUACUUAUCCAGUGUCAUUGCAUGGAAUUAGGUACUUUAUAGUUAAAAGCUGCAACCGUGAGAAUCUUGAAUUGUCAGUACAACAAGGAGUUUGGGCAACUCAAAGAAGCAAUGAGGCUAAACUAAAUGAAGCUUUUGACUCUGUGGAAAAUGUCAUUCUGAUAUUUUCCGUUAAUCGGACUAGACAUUUUCAGGGUUGUGCAAAGAUGACAUCUAGAAUUNCCCCUCCCACCUCUAAUCUUGAUUUCUCUGUUUUUUGGGUUCCAAUAUGGAGGUUAGUGCGAGUAUUAAAACCUAAACAGCUGUGUGAAUUGUCCUUCCAGAAAACUCACCACUUGAGGAAUCCAUACAAUGAGAACUUACCAGUGAAGAUAAGCAGAGAUUGUCAAGAAUUAGAACCCUCUGUUGGUGAGCAGUUGGCUUCUUUACUUUAUCUUGAACCAGAUAGCGAACUUAUGGCAAUCUCACUUGCAGCAGAAUCCAAGAGACAGGAAGAAAAGGCGAAGGGAGUGAACCCUGACAAUGGGAAUGAUAAUCCAGAUAUUGUACCAUUUGAAGACAAUGAAGAAGAGGAAGAUGAAGAAAGUGAGGACGAGGAUGAAAGCUUUGAUCAAGGUUUCGGACCAGCUGCUCUUGGCAGAGGAAGGGGGAGGGGAAUUGUGUGGCCUCCAAUAAUGCCUUUAGGACAUGGGCCCAGACCUCUUCCUGGGAUGCGGGGCUUCCCUCCGGGCAUGAUGGGUGAUGGAUUUUCUUAUGGAGCUAUGACACCUGAUGGUUUCCCAAUGCCUGAUCAUUUUGGAAUGGGUCCCAGACCUUUCGGUCCAUACGGCCCGCGAUUUUCAAAUGAUAUGAUGUUUCAUGGCCGCCCUCCAGCUGGUGGAUUUGGGAUGAUGAUGGGUCCCGGAAGGCCCCCUUUCAUGGGCGGGAUGGGUCCCGGAGCGACAGGCCCACCCAGAGCUGGUCGAGCAGUUGGUAUGCAUCCAUCAUUUGUUCCACCCUCAUCUCAGCCUUCUCAAAAUCCUUAUAGGCCUAAAAGAGAACAGAGAGCUCCAGUUCAUGACAGGAAUGAUAGAUUCAGCUCCGGUUCAGAUCAAGGUAAGGGUCAGGAGAUGGCGGGCUCAGUUGGCGGACCAGAUGGAGUAAAUUAUCCCCAAAGAGGGAAACCCGAACAAGAUGCCCAGUUUGGUGCUGGAAACAGCUUCAAAAAUGAUGAAAGUGAAAGUGAGGAUGAAGCACCAAGAAGAUCAAGACAUGGGGAUGGAAAGAAGAAAAGGCGGGAUACUGAUGAUGAUGCUGCAACUGCUUCAGAAAAAUAGAUUAAGAAAGAGAAGUCAUCUUACAUUCCGGCUGGGAGACAUACUAAAUGUCGCCCUCCUGCCAGAAUAUUCGGCCUGACUGAGAAAUUAACAGAACUUUUAGUUAGCCCAGAACUGUUGAAGUCAUUUGGUCGAGAUUUUUUGAGUUAUAUUAUAUGUCCUUUGGUGUGUAAAACAAUUACAUAUACAAGCUUAGAUUAGAUACAAUUUGAGGAACAUUCCUGUUGGCAUAGUCCUGACAUACUGAAGCAUGAAAGUUGGUUGAAGGUCGUGUCAUGAAACAUUAGAAGUUGAUGGACUUGAUUUGUGUCUAUAAAUUAGUUUUGUUGCUGAUCUUUGGAAAA